AUGAAGAUAUACACAAAGACAGGCGAUAAAGGCACUUCAAGUCUUUAUAACGGGGAACGUAGAAAUAAGGACGAUGAUGUCUUCGAAGCUUUAGGCACAACUGACGAAUUAAGUUCGCAUAUUGGACUUGCUAUGGAAUUUUUAGAAGAUUACUCUUGGGGAACCGAGCUUAUUAAAAGAUUAACAAAAAUUCAAUGUCUUUUACAAGAUGCAGGCUCAAACAUUGCAACACCUCGAGAACAAUCCAAUGAGUCCCGUUUAGUGCGUACUGCAUUUGACCCUUCUGGAACUCAAGUUGAUCAACUAGAGACAUGGAUCGAUGAAUAUGACGAGCAACUACCAAAGUUGACUAAAUUUAUUUUACCUUCUGGAGGUAAACCUAGUGCUUGUCUUCAUGUUGCUCGCACUGUUUGUCGUAGAGCAGAAAGAAGAGUCCAGCCUCUGGUACGGGAUCAUUUGUGUGAUGAAUCUGUUGCUAUUUUUCUAAACAGACUGAGUGAUCUCUUGUUUAAUGCUGCAAGAUGGGCUUCUCAAUGUCAGGGAAAACAAGAAAAAAUAUACAAUAAAUAUGAAUAG